AUGUCCCAGCAUCGAAGCACGGAUAAUCUUUCUAAUUCUUCUGGUGCAGAGACCAAGCAGAGACCAUCAAAGCGGUCGAAGCUCAAGAAACGGCGAAGAAAUGAUGAGGAUACGACAGCUUUCUCCGAGAAGCACUGGGGCGUCUGUAGCCACAAUCGCCUUAGUGCCGCAUAUGAUUAUAAUUACAAUGUCCGCCAGGGAAAUCAACGGUUCGUGUGCGUGCGAACUCGAAACUCUAACCUUGUUCUCCGUCGUCAAACUCGUCUUCACUUGAUGAAUGACCGCCUCGAUCCUGCUCUGAGCGUCUAUAAACAAGUUUUUGACGAGUUUUACGCUUGGGAGCAAGCCGAUACUCGCACCUACAUCCAGUACCUUGCAGCCAAUGCAGAAUCGGACGACGGUGAAGAAUGGGAUGAUGAUUUUUUCAAGUUCGACGAUCAUUUACCUUCUGUGAUGGAUGAGGGCGACGACAACGACGAUUGCGGUUUUCUGGUACAGUCGUUCGAUCCCGAUGGAUCGAUUCGAGAUCGCCGUAAAGUUCCGUGUGUAGAAAUUCAAGCGCGGAUCCCCCUCGAGUUUCAGCAUCCGUUGAAGUACGAGAUGUGCACCCCGGAUUCGAAGAAUGCGGGGCAAUCCACUUCUUUUAACUCUGAUGAAGUGCUGAGCUUCAUACCUUACGCAGACGAUGAGGCUUUUCCGUUAGAGGAGUUUUUGAAUCCAGAAAACCUAAAGCCGUUUCGGAAUUUUGCAUGGCAGACAGAAGAUUUUAAAGAUCCUGAUGUCGAUGUUAUCGAGCUUGAAGUGGCGAGGCGACUUCAUUACGGCGACCUCGGACUUCCUCUCUCUACCAUAGAUACCCUUGGAAUCCUCCAUGAUAAAGUUGGAGUUCCAGGUCCUUCAGGCCUUCUCUGGGAGGCAUCUCAAAGAGAUAUUCCAUUUUGGCCUGGCAGUGCCUUGACCAAUCUUCCUACCCUCAGUCUGGAGAAUUUGCCUGAGAAGGACGAUAUCUAUCAUGACAUCAAUAUUUCCAGUGCAAGAUUCUGCUCGCAUAUCAACUGUCUUGUUAUGAACUGUAAGGUGCAUAGUCAUAGUAAUCUCUCCUACAUAGACGAAGUUCUUCCACUCGACGUUUCCAAGCCUAUACUUACAAAAGCAGGCUUCAAACUGAAAGAUGGAGAACCCUGCAGCGAGCUUUGCUUUCGAAGCUUUGACGAAACCCAAGACGGAAUAAUGGAAGGGGUACAUUGGCAUGAUCCUGACGAUGUAAAUUUCCUCGAAAGCGUCCUCAAAGUUGACGCCGACAUGUCACCUUGUGCCCUUGCUGUCAUCUGUCGCAAGCCGUGUCUAGAGUAUCCGCGAACUGGCAAAAAGGUAUUCAUCUACCGGACAAGAAUGUUUCCCGACGAGAAAAUUCUGAAAGGACAAAUCAUCGAGGAAAGGCGCCGACAGCCGGCUGCCCUUGUGUUGAGGCAGGCAGGGAAUGCGAUCCAGACUUGGGCAAAGCAUAGAAACAAGUGUCAGAAUGUGAGGAUACAAAGAAACCAAAUCCAAAAUAUCAAGGUUCAACCUACCAAACCUGCCAAGUACGGUCUCGGCGCCUUUGCGACCAGGGAGUUGAGAGCUUGGACCUAUAUCGGCGAGUAUGUUGGCGAGAUGCGGAAUCUCAGCUCAGAAGAAAGCUCUCAGAGAUCCAACAUUCUGAACAAGUACACGGGGCUCAAUUACAACUUUGAGCUAAACUUGUCGCUAACUUUGGAUGCCGCACGUCGGGGGAACGAAACGAGGUAUCUUAACCAUUCAGACAAGCCCAACUGUGAAGUCCUUGUAAAGAAUGUUAACGACGAACAUCGCAUUGGAAUCUUCACCUGCGAAAAUGUCAACAAGGGAGAAGAGCUCUUUCUAGACUAUGGACCCAGAUACUGGCAGCAGUAUGGAAAUAGUGCCCCAGAGCUGGGGGAGGAAAACAGGCAAGAUGAAGAACACGGCGAAGAUGUAUCGGGGGAAGACGACCUAGAAUAUAUCUAG